AUGGCUGGGUGGCGCGGACUGCCCAGCCAGCCAACCUUGACUGCUGCCACGUCCUCGCCUCCUGCAACAACCUCGUCCCGGACGCCCGCCCGACAGACCCGUGUGGUCGCCCCACGUCUGGCGUCUCGGACGCCGGCCCGACAGGCCUGUUGGGCUUUUUGUUCCCUCCCCCGGCCCCCAAGUCCCCUGCUAGGGGACCUCCUUACCAGCCGAUCCUGUCACUUGCUAUGGCUGGGCGGCUCGGACUGCUGCGCCAGCCGACCUCGCCUCCUGCCACGACCUCGCCUCCUGCCACAACCUUAUCCUGGAUGCCCGCCCGACAGACCCGUGCAGUUACCCCACGUCUGGCGUCCCAGACGCCCACCCGACAGCCCUGUUGGACUCCUUGUUCCCUCCCCCGGCCCCUCUUCCGCCCGCUUUUCUUUGUGUUUUGUUAGCGUCUACGUCCAUGUCAAAGCCAAGAUCUGCCAAGCCCUCGUGUUCCGUUCGAGUGCCUCCCGUGCCGGCUCCCCGCAGUCGAGUGCCUCCCGUGCCGGCUCCCCGCAGUCGAGUGCCUCCCGUGCCGGCUCCCCGCAGUCGAGUGCCUCCCGUGCCGGCUCCCCGCAGUCGAGGCUUCUCUGCAUUUAUGGUCACAUGAGCAUCAGCCCUGCUGGCCACAUGCCGGUGAUGGAGGAGCUUGUCACUGACAGUUAUAAUUGUGUUGUUGUUCAUAGCAACAGCAUGCCAAAGCGGAUGGCCCUCAUCUGCUUCCUGUCUUUGGUCAUGGCGAUGAGCAUCCUGGGGAACCUGCUGGUCAUGGUGGCCGUCUGCAAGGACAGACAACUCAGGAAAAUUAAGACCAACUACUUCAUCGUGUCCCUGGCCUUCGCCGACCUGUUGGUUUCGCUGCUGGUGAUGCCGUUCGGCGCCAUCGAUCUGGUGCACCAGCAGUGGAUCUACGGCGAGACCUUCUGCCUGGUGCGCACCUCGCUGGACGUUCUGCUCACCACCGCCUCCAUCAUGCACCUGUGCUGCAUCGCCCUCGACAGGUACUACGCCAUCUGCUGCCAACCCCUGGUGUACCGCAACAAAAUGACGCCCAUGCGUGUGGCCAUGAUGAUUAGCGGCUGUUGGGUGAUCCCCACCUUUAUCUCCUUCCUGCCCAUCAUGCAAGGAUGGAACACCAUCGGCAUCGACCACGUUAUCGACGAGCGCCGCUACACGGAGGGCAGCAACUCGACGUCUUGCGUCUUCAUGGUGAACAAGCCGUACGCGGUGACGUGCUCGGUGGUGGCCUUCUACAUCCCGCUGGUGCUGAUGGUGCUGGCCUACCAGAGAAUCUACGUGACGGCGAGGGCGCACGCCCUCCAGAUCAGCGUGCUUCAGCGGGCGGGCGGCGCCUCGUCGUCGUCAGACACGGCUGACCAGCAACGCAACCACCGCAUGCGCACCGAGACCAAGGCGGCCAAGACGCUGUGCAUUAUCAUGGGCUGCUUCUGCCUGUGCUGGGCACCGUUCUUCGUCACCAACGUGGUGGACCCCUUCAUUGGCUACACGGCGCCCGAAAAGCUUUGGGCGGCAUGUUUGUGGCUGGGCUACAUCAACUCUAUGCUCAACCCCAUCCUGUACGCCUUCCUCAACAAGUCCUUCCGCCGUGCCUUCCUCAUCAUCCUGUGCUGCGGACGCAAGCGCUACCGCCGGCCCUCCGUGCUAGGCCCCGGCACGCCCUGUGCCGCCACGCGCAUCAACGGGUCCACGCACGUGCUCAAGUACUCGGUGCUUCACAAUGGGAACCACACCACACAGGAAAAGAAACCCCUGCAAGGACACGCAGAGUCCUGCUUAUGA